AUGUUUGUUUCAACUUUCUACUUCAGUUUCUGCCCUUUUGCCAUUCCUUUGGAGUUUUCUGAGGCCCUCGCUGAACGGUUCGAGUACGUCAGGGAUACACCCCAUGCCUCGGGGACGGUUUGGUUGCUUGUCUGCAAUGUGUUCAAGGGCUGGCUCGAGUCGCACUGGCGGCAUGACCGGGAAAAAAUAGCCUUGGAUUCCAUCGUGAACUUUGCGAAGAUGAGGCUGAUGACAGACCUUCCAACUCCUGGCAAACGUCUCCUGGACUUGACAGACAAGGUAUCCGCUGUCCGCGGCCCGAUCGCGCGUUGUCUGGUGCCCUCUAUAGACAAGAGCAACACGACCAUCGCCCAAUACGUUCAUUCUGACAUCGCUCUUCCUCCCAUACUUAGAAAUACAGAGCUUAGAUUGUUGAAGCAAUGGAAAACCGGCGAAACCUCGAUCUCUAUCCUUGACUUCGACCCGUUGGAGUUGGCUCGGCAGCUGACUCUCAAGGAAUCUCGCAUCUUCUGCUCCAUCCUUCCUGAGGAGCUCCUCGACACAUAG